AUGAACCAGGACGAACGAGGGACCGAUCCAGCAGCAUCUCUGGGCAAAAAUCGUCUAUUUGAUCGCCGAGGGAGGGAAUCGUCGAUUUUCCAAAAGAUCGCUGUCGGAGAGGCGAAUCCGGCUGCCGGGAAUCCACAAUUUCACGAUUUCACAGAUGGCGCUGAUCAUUUUGUUAUGUCUGAUGUGAGGAAAUGGGCUGAAGGAGAGUUGCAUCAAUUCCUCAAUGAAAAUUUCAAUGCUUUUGAGAGAGGGGAUCUUUGGAUCGGGUUUUCGAGGGAAAAUGCUUCAGUAAAUCCAUCAAAUAUCUUCUCCGAUGUUUUCUCGAGAAUUUUGCGUGGUGAGCAAAUUGGUGAUGGACACGAUGUGGAAUGUGUGGGGAAAGUGGGGAAUGGAGAGAAAUUGCUUUGGCAUAAAGUUCAUCCAAAUGAGUGGGGCGCUGUCGAGUCAAAAGUGGCGAAUUUGUCGAAAGCGCUCACUAUGGAUUUCUUAAUCAAUGGAUAUUUGAGACCA